CUGUCGAUCAUCGACUUCGUAAAGGCAAGCACACCGGAGGGUCGUGCAGAGCUUGCGCCUCGCGUACGGGACGUCAUGCGUACAGUGUGGUUCAUGUGCGUUGUCAAUCACGGAUUGACCCAGAGUCAGACCGAGUGCAUGUUUGAAAUCGGAGACGUGGUUUUCAAACAGGUUUCCGAGGAGAAGCUUCAGUAUGCCUCAAAGCUCGAGGAGGACCCCACAAGAAUAGGACACAAGCCCUGUCAGGUUUCCAUGACUGACAAUAGAGUUCGCGACCAACAUGAGCAGUACGCCGUACACCGCGCAGUGUUCGGCAGAAAGAAGCAUCCGAAGGCAUUGGAGCCGUUCCUUCCUGAACUGCGCACGUUCGCGGAGCACAACCAUCACGAAGUUCUGCACCACAUUCUCAGGUACAUUCUAGAGACAAGACAUUGA